AUGUUGAAGGAUUGCAUCAACUAUUCCAAGGGAUGUGAAGCUUGUCAAAGACACGGCCCAAUCCAGCGGGCUCCUUCAGUCCCCAUGAAUCCAGUAGUGAAACCAUGGCCUUUUAGGGGAUGGGCAAUGGAUCUCAUUGGCAAAAUCUAUCCAGCCAGCAGCCAGCAGCAUUGUUUUAUCAUUGUUGCUACAGACUAUUUCACCAAAUGGGUAGAAGCCAAGCCAAUCAAAACCACAACUUCUCAAGAGAUCAUCACCUUUAUAGAAGAACAGAUCAUACAGAGAUUCGGCAUUCCAGAAUCGAUCACAACUGAUAGGGGUUCUUCUUUCAUAUCUAGGGAUAUGCUAGAUAUGGCAGAAACAUUCAAGUUCAAGCUGCUUCAAUCUACCCCCUAUUAUGCUCAAGCUAAUGGACAGGCAGAAUCAAGUAACAAGGUGAUUAUCAAUAUCAUCAGAAAGAUGCUGGAGAAGAAUCCGAAGCAAUGGCAUGAGAAGUUGUCAGAAACUUUGUGGGCAUACAGAACUUCAAAAAGAGAAGCAACUGGCAUGACUCCCUAUGCUCUGACCUACGGCCAUGAUGCAAUUCUGCCCAUGGAGAUAGCAGUCCAGUCUCUUAGAAUUGCUCAUCAGCACGAUCUCAUAGGAGAAGAUUACUCUCAAGCCAUGCUACUUGAAUUAGAAGAAUUGGAUGCAAGCAGGAUUGACACCCUCAACAAACUCUUAGCAGGAAAACAGGCUGUGUCAAAGGCAUACAACAAAAGAGUCAGAGAUAAGAGUUUUGAAGAGGGGGAAAUAGUCUGGAAGGCAAUUCUGCCCCUUGGAGCACACAUAGCUGGAUAUGGAAAAUGGUCACCUACGUGGGAAGGUCCUUUUGUGAUUAACCAGAUCCUCGGAAUGGGGGCAUAUAGGUUGCAGGACAGAGAUGGAGUUAUUCACAACGCCCCAAUCAAUGGCAAAUGGUUAAAGAAAUUCUACCCAACCAUGUGGGAUUCACAAGCUGUACAGACAGAUCCCGGGAUAGAAGAGGAACAAGGCUGAC